GAAGUGAGGGAGCGGGUGGGGCUUCGGGAACAUGAGCGAUAGUGGUCAGUGACUGUAGACUUCCGAGGCUUUUACUCUGUGAAAUAGGUUUAGACCGUAUGUUUGACCCUUGGGUUCGCCAGAUAAUAUGAACAAAUGGAGUAACCCAUACUAUGUUUGCGCACAAUCGUCGGGAGAAUAUAAAGGUUAGCCUACCGAUACAUUGAAGCGAUGAUGAAAGAACGCUUGAAAUAGUUUGCAUUGGGUUGUAGCAUAUUUAUGUUACAUUACGGUUUUGCCCUUUCGUGACUAUUGGCUAAGAAACAGUUAAAUAACCGCGGCAGCUAUGUGAAGUAAAUAUCGCUUAUUCCUUUCGCGAAUUAAGGAAUAAUUAUGAGCAACGUACAAGAUAUGUCUCCCGAUUUUGUCUUGAUGCGCCUGGUUUCGGCGGCCGAGGAUGACCGUGUGGACGAAGAGAAUGGGAAUGUGUCGUCGGGUAGCGUGAUGGCAGGACUCGGUAAGAAGGUCUUGACUCAUAGCAACAUGAAAGGAAGCUUGGAAUUCACCCGAGAUCCUAUAGCAGGCCUCGCGCAUUCAAGUCAUCCCUCGUCGUUGAACAAUGCACAGACGAGCUGCGGAACGACUGCACCUGACAUGGGAGUGAUGGCGACUAGACCAUUGCUGUCUAUUCCUCCUUCUCAACUGAGCACCACGGAGGCCCAAGGAUUUGAGUUCUCUCAUAGAAGCGGCCUAAGGCCCCAGCUCUUGGUGUUUCCUAACAUAUUACGGGAUGGUGAGGGUAUAUUAGAUCGUGCAACCGACCGUCGGAAUCAACCAAGGGACCAAAUUUGUAUUGACAAGAUCUCCGGCUCUGCCUCCGACCUAACUGGGGGUAGCAAUAACAAUACGUUGAACGCUGGUGACGUGCAACAGCAGAAUAAUCUGGCCCAGAGUUGGGGUCUGCAUCCCCAGGUGACAUUAACUACGAUGGUUGCAGAUAUCGAAAGGAGUGAACUAUGCCACCGGCACCGUUUCAUUACCAAUUCGCCAAACUGGCCCUUGUUAUCUGAUGAAUCCAACCCGUUUACCGUGAUAGAAUCGAAAUGGGACUGCACAACCACAGAAAGAGAGGGGUCCGUUUUUGACUUAGCCAGGAGGUUCGGUGAGCUGGGAGUCGGUGCCGUACCGAAGAUGUUAUUCAAGAACGGAGAGCUGCCUCAGUGCUCGUGCCCGGGCGCUCAUGGGUCGGCAGCGGCAGGGAUGGGACCUAGGGAUGAUCCUACAGAGACUAGCGAUGCUUUGUUGGUGUUGGAGGGGCUGGGGACUGGGGACGUAUCUGGUCUGGUUAUGGAUAACUGUCCGGAGGAUGAGUCGGAUGACACUGGAGGAGGCGCGUUUUUGCUCAAUAGAAAAAAGGAAAUAGUUCAGAAGAUGUCAGGAACUUUUUCGCUAAACAGCUUUCAAGCAGAGUUGACUAAACAGGUGGAGGGGGUCCCCUCGCUGUCUUGCUUUUCAGCGCAUCAAGACGCACAGGUAUAUAGUUUACAUAAUCCUAAUGGUCAAGCGACUUCCGAAAUUGCACACGAUCCUGAGAUAACCACCUCACAAGUGGUAGGCCUACUCACAAAUGGACCAAACUCAAACCAAGGUGCCAGUCCAAACACUAGCCAAGCAUCGACACCUCGCAGGAGAGCAGACAGGUGCCCUAGUGCGCCACGGACCCCCCCCGGGCCAGGAAAUGGUGGAGAUAAAACAUUUAAAGUCCCAGGAAAGUCCAGGAAAGGAUCGCUAAAAAUUCGUUUGAGUAAACUUUUUAGAACUAAAAGUUGUAGUGGUUCUAAUAACCUUCUGGACAAAAGGCAAUCAGUGGCCUAUUCCAUAUCCUCCGCCGGAAGUCUGAUGGAUAUGGCAAGCGCAAGUGGUGGGGAGCAGGAUGUAAACAGCCAACCCAGACUGACCAGGGCCCAAAGUGCCUUUUCCCCUGCUUCCUUCUCUGCCUUUACUGGUGAGACCGUAUCCUUAGUAGAUGUGGACAUCUCAAGGAGGGAAGCAAACUCUCGCCACCCUCCCACACCUCCACCUCCUCCACGUCGAAGUCUCAGUCUAUUAGAUGACAUAGGUGGGCAGCAGCCUGUGCCUUUCCUAGUGAGUGUUGUCGGGGCAUCCCUUCAGUCCCUUCCCCUGCCUCUUCCUCCUCCUCCUCCCUCCCAUGCCACCAUCCAACAUAGUAUCAGCCUCAAUGAUGCAUUUCUCAGAGCGCUGCCAUACUCCAACCCCUCACAGAUUGACAAUCCACAUCGACUUGCCACACCUCCCAUACUUUGCCCACUCAGACGACCAGAAGCUAGUAACUUUACUGCUAGUCUAAGAGAACUGGAGAAGUGUGGUUGGUACUGGGGUCCCAUGAACUGGGAAGAUGCAGAGAUGAAGUUGAAGGGGAAACCUGAUGGCUCGUUUCUGGUUCGAGACAGCUCUGACCCUCGUUACAUCCUCAGUCUCAGCUUCCGCUCACAGGGUGUCACACACCACACACGCAUGGAGCACUACAGGGGUACCUUCAGUUUAUGGUGUCACCCAAAAUUUGAAGAUCGCUGCCAUUCAGUGGUGGAGUUCAUCGAGCGUGCCAUUAUGCACUCCAAGAAUGGCAAAUUUCUUUACUUCCUGCGAUCCAGGGUGCCAGGGCUCCCCCCUACCCCGGUGCAGCUACUCUACCCUGUAUCUCGCUUCAGCAACGUCAAGUCCCUGCAGCACCUCUGUCGCUUUUGCAUCCGACAGAUUGUUCGCAUUGACCACAUCCAGGAGCUGCCACUGCCCAAACCAUUAAUAUCAUACCUGGGGAAAUUUUACUACUAUGAUCCUGAGGAAGAAAUGUACCUGUCAAUCAAAAACAUCUGUCGAGGGGUUGGAAUAGAGCAAGAUACUGGGUCUCAGACGUAGCAUUAGAGUUAUUUUUCACUCUGAUUCCCUUUGUGAGGACUGAACUAUACUGGUCUGCCAGUCUUCCAGUAUCAAUCAGAGUCCUCUACCAACUCUGUUUCCAAUCAGAUGACUCAUUGCUUGAUUUUGUCCAAUGAGAUGAUAGGGGAUGGAAUUGUCCAUAUUGAUGCACACACAGGCAAACUGGACAUCCCCUAUUAGAAGAUGUAUUGGAGACGACCUGACACCUGCAACAUGGAAACAAAAAUAUUGAGAUAUUGACUAUACCUAAGAACUGGAGUCCAAAACAUGAUGCGCUGGUCCAGUUGUACAACAAUGGUUUGCUAUCAUUUCCUUAUUUCUAUAAUUGAGUGAGGGUUGCAGUUGGACUGAAAUAUACUGUACCCUCAGGAUGAUAGAUGGUCAUGGAUGAUCUUUAUCUGUUUGUUUUAUUUCUAAAAGUCCUUGAUUGUAACUUGCUCAUCCUGUUCCUCUGUACCCCUAGUUGGAUUAGAGGCUCAGUAUUUUCAGUAAAAUAUAGAAAAAAGCA